UCACCACUCACAUCUUGGAAAACCGGAAGCAGCACUGAACCCAUUUGGAUAAAUUCCCACGCCUCGCUCUUUUUCUUUAUAUCUAAAAAUCUUGCCCACCUCACGGCCUUGCAGAAAUUUGAGCGCCCCAACCUCUUGUCUCCUCUCCCUCUUCGUUCCAGGCCUUAUGUCCUAAACCUCUCCUUCUAAUGCCUGAAUAAAGCUCCAUUGAAGUCCUAAGAAGUCAUCAGCAACCCAAAUUCAUGGACGUCGACAACUGGGAUCUGGAGGCAGUCGUGAGGGGCUGCCGCUUCAAAAGACCAUCAACGACGACCCCAUCGACGGCGGCCAUGACAGGUCCCUUCUCUUCCUUCCCUCCUCUGGUCCUAAAGGAGGAGCAAGUAGACGGAGAAAAAGACCUCCUUUUCGGCUUGCCUGACAUCACGGACACGGAAACAGCUCUCCGUGGGCUGGAAGAUCUGUGCAAGCCCUUCUUCCACAAACCCCAUCAGCAGCCCUUGCAGCAGCAAUCCCUGCUCUUCCCACAGCAGAGUAGACCAUCCUCCUCCCCUGACGUGGCCGAUCCUUAUCAAACCCAACAACAACAGCCAAGUCCGCGUCAACGGCCAUUAGCUAACACCCCUCGUUCCAAAAGAAGGAAGGACCAGCAAAAAAGGGUGGUCUGCCAUGUCCCCGCCGACGGCCUCUCUUCCGACAUGUGGGCUUGGCGCAAAUACGGCCAGAAACCCAUCAAAGGCUCCCCAUAUCCACGGGGAUAUUACAGGUGCAGCAGCUCAAGAGGGUGCUUGGCGAGGAAGCAGGUGGAAAGGAGCCAGAUCGACCCAGCGAUGCUCGUCGUCACCUACACCGCCGAGCACAACCACCCCCUUCCCACCCACCGCAACUCCCUCGCCGGAAGCACCCGCCAGAAGCUCCCCCCUCCCCCAGCGCCCGCCACCACCCUCCCCUCCACCUCAGUCGGCGGUCUAAACGGCGAUCGGAUGCCGCCCUCCAGCCCACCGUCAUCGUACGUGGAGGAAGAGCACCUCCGGCAGCGGAAGGGCGAGGAGGAGGAAGACGAGGAGGAAGAUGAGGUGUUGACCGUGGCAGACAUACAGAUGGUGGGGGAGGAGGACGUUGUCUUCUUGGAGUUUGAACAGGGUGGUGGGAGGAGGGGCGCCGCCAAGUUGCCGGCCAUCUCGGGCUUCUACGCUGACGAAGGUGGCUUCGCGGAGCAUUUCUUUGCUUCCACUUGGAUGGCAAACGGCGACGCAGCGGCGGCAGCUUGGGGGAGUUAGACAUGCUAAGAGAGAGGCUUGGAAGCAUCAUAAGUUUGCCAGAAUUACAGCGUCAUCACCGUUAAGAUAUUUUUGAUCUUUUGCUGUUUAGAGGGAAAGAGACAAAAAUAUCUAACGCGGGGGCGGCGGCCAAUAUAUCGUGAUGCUCUCUUUUUAUUUAAUAUCUAAAAAGUCUAGCUAUAGCAAAACUGGUAUGAAUCAAAACAUGAUGAUGACCUGCCAAAUAAUCUUUACCUCCAGAUCCCAAUUUUAUUCCUUGUAGUAUUUGUCCUUUUUUUAUUAAAAGAUAAGUUUUAUAUAUUAGUGAUUGUGGUGAUGAGUGUUUGAUAUUGAUAAAUUCGUGCUUCUUCAAGUGGUCAUACAAUUUGCUAAACAAUCCAAGAUUCCGAGUUCAA